AUGUCCAAAGAAAAUAAUCUUGUCGAAUAUGAACCUUCAGAACUUGGUACAAAAGAAUAUUGGGAAUCAUUGUAUGACAGAGAAAAUAAAAAUUUUCGAGAAAAUGGCGAUAUCGGAGAAAUCUGGUUUGGAGAAGAUAGCGUAGAAAAAAUGGUAGAUUGGGUUCUUAAAAAUUCAUCAAAUUCAUCUACCACAAUUCUUGAUAUAGGUUGCGGAAAUGGUCAUCUUCUCUUGGAAUUAGCUUCCAACUAUUUCACAAAUUUAAUAGGAAUAGAUUAUUCUCCAAAUGCUAUUAGAUUGGCAAAAGAUAUCGCAAAAAAUCGUAAUCUUGAUGAUAUCAUAUCAUAUCAUGUCAUUGAUUUAAUUAAUUCUUCCACGACAGGAAAUGAUGAAUUCUGGUUAAAUGGCACGAGAAAAUUCGAUAUUAUUUUAGAUAAAGGUACUUUUGAUGCCAUUGCUCUUUCCCCCUACGAAAAUUGUGAUGAGAAAGGAAACCAUCCAAGAGAUAUUUAUCCAA